AUGACGGACAAGUUCCAUAAACGCGAUGAAGAGGCAGCUCAAGACAUGCCUGCUGACCGAGCCUUUACCUUGUAUGCCAAAUCGACGAGGAAGAAAAAGUCCAGCAAGCGCCAGCCUAGGGAAUGUUGCAGCAAUCCUUCUACGAAGAGGUCUCGAACAGAGGACCCCCCUACGCCUACUCCCACAAAAGAGACAACUCCUCCACCAACUCCUGCCAAAGAGACACUCCCUCUGAUUCCAGUGAAUCAAGACCCCCCAGCUCCAGUCGAACAGACUCCUCCACCAGCUCCCGUCAACCUCACGCCUCCAGCUUCCAUCGACCAGCAUCCUGCUGGUCACUGA